AUGAAGAGCGAUAAAGACAAUGAAUCUACUCUCGGUGUACCAGUUUAUAAUGAUUAAAAAGCAGAGGAAAAAUCUCUAUUAUCAGACGCUGGCUCUCCUAGAACCAGAGCAAAACCCUCUUAUAAACAAGGUCCAGUAAGAUGGCUUGCCUUAUUCUUCGCUUGCUGCUUCUUGCUUGGAAGUUAUUUCUGCUACGACAAUCCAGGACCUAUUGAAAAAACUAUGGAAAAGUACUUGGAUAUCUCUCAAAGUUAAUAUGUCUUGCUAUACUCGGUAUAUUCUUACCCUAAUAUAGUUUUACCCAUAUUUGGAGGUAUUUUCCUUGAUAUGAUCGGUUUAAGGAUUGGUAUAUUGUUGUUCACAAUCGUCUUAACAAUCGGACAAGCAGUUUUUGCUAUUGGAGGACAAUAUGAAUCACUAGGAAUAAUGAUUGCAGGCAGAGUAAUUUUUGGACUUGGAGGAGAGUCAAUGUCAGUUGCUUAAUCAGCAAUUGUUUCUAAGUGGUUUAAAGGAAAGGAGCUUUCAAUGGCUAUGGGAUUAAACAUUAGUGUAUCACGUUUAGGUAGUGUUAUUAAUGGUUUUGUUGUUCCUCAAAUCUAUAAUGAUGGUAAUCACGAUAAAUUGGGACAAGCAUUGUUUGUGGGAUUAGGAGUUUGUAUUUUCUCGCUUGUUUUCUUAAUGGACAAGAGAGCUGAAGUAGCAGAUGGAAAUAGUGGCUCUGCCCCUGUUUUGACAGAUGAAGACAAAUUUAAGUUCAGUGAUAUCAGAACAUUCAACAAAUCUUUCUGGCUUUUAUGCUUCUCCUGUGUAGUAGUCUACAUGGCUAUUUUCCCAUUCAUCUAAGUUGCUUCAGGCAUGCUUCAAGACAGAUUCCACUUCUCAGAAACAACUGCUGGCUAACUCUUCGGUAUUCCAUAUACUAUUUCAGCAUGUACCAGUCCUUUCCUUGGGUUCUUUAUUGAUAAAGUCGGAAAGAGAGUAUUGCUUGUUAUUAUUUCAUCAAUCAUUCUACUACUAGCUCAUUUAAGCAAUAUGUUCUUUGAAGAUUGUGAAUAAUGCUAUACUGAGUUGUGCCCUCUUAUUCUAGUAGGUAUUGGUUACUCAAUUUAUGGAGCAGCUCUUUGGGGAUCUAUUCCCUAUGUUGUUGAGGCAAGGACAGUGGGAACUGCCUUUGGAUUCGUCACAGCUAUUCAAAAUGGAGGUAUGGCACUAGCACCAACUAUUGGAGGAGCUAUUCAUGAUGUUUCAUUAGGAUCAAAGCAUGGCUACUUCUACUAAUCAAUGUUUUGGAUGCUAUUGUGCGUUCUCGGAUUCUUGCUAAAUGUAAUGCUUUACAUUGAAGAUAUAAGAAAUAACGGAAGAAUUCUUGAUAAAGUGCAUAAGAACAGUGAAGAAGAAACAAUAGAUCUUAUUACAAGUCCAACUCCUCAACAAAGAAGGGAAAUAGAAACAAAAGAAGACAUCAAUGAAAAUGAAAAAGAGUAUCUUCUUAACCCAAACACUAGAAAUGCCCUUAAAAGAUCAAUGGCAAAGCUCAAAAAAUGA